AUGAAUUGCAGAUUUGAUUAAGAAAUCGAUACCAUUCAGCAAAACCCCAUAAAUCCAAGCAACUCCCAUUCCAGCAAACAAAAGAACUAUCUUUGCAACCUUUUAAAUAUUUAAUAGCCAAUUAACAAAGAACAAGACAAAUAUUCAGAUAAUAUUAAAAUUUAGCAAAAAUCUAAUCAAUCUAUCAAUGACGUACACAACAGACAUUCCUUCAAGCCCAGAAUGUCCACAACGCCCAAUUUAGAAGAAGUAGAGAGAAUCGAUAGAAUCAGCAAUUAAUUUUAAUAAACCAUGGCCAAACUGGAAGAAGCCCAAGAACUCAACUCUACCCAUAAUUAAGAUGCAUACCUUUAAAAAGUUGUUAUUGUGCAAUCCAAAAUCCGUUCUUUUUUAAUGAGAAGACAGUACCUGAACCUCAAAACGCAAUUUCAAUAUAGAAAAAGAGUUCUUAAUGAACUUUUUAUAACCGAACAAUCGUAUUGCUAAGCACUAACAAUAUUGAUAAAUGCGUAUUUAAAACCAUUAAGAGAACAAAAUAAAUUAAUAUCUUCAUAAGUUAUUUAAUAGAUAUUUUCUAAUGUGGAAGCCAUUUAAUAGCUCUCUGUCGACAUCCUGGAAAUAUUCAGGAAGAAACAAGAACAAUUUACAUAUUAUUCCCUUGUAGCCGACAUAUAAUUGCAGCAACACAUUUCUUUCUUUAAAAUUUACUCAACCUAUUUGGUUAACUAUUAAAAAGCUUUUAGUGUACAAAUGAAAUUAAAAAAGGAAAACAAACCUUAUAAGCAAUUCUUAGAUGCAAUAGACAAAUAAAAUCAAGGAAAGACCUUAGAAUCCUAUUUCUUGAUUUUACCUGUAUAACGUAUACCUAAGUAUGUGCUUUUAUUUAAGGACCUCUUAAAGAAUACACCUCAAGAUCAUCCUGACUAUGCUAAUAUUAAGUUGGUUCUUGAUAAAUUUGAAUAAGUUGCCAAUUAAAAUAACAAAUCAAUGGAUAGUCUACUUAAAAAUUAAAAGCUAUUUGAUUUAUAAAAAUAGUAUGGGAACUUCGUAAAAAUCCUAGAAUAAAAUAGAUAAUUUCUAAGAGAAGAAUCUCUUCAUAUGUACUUCACAAAAGGAGCCUAAAUCAAACCUGUCAUUGUUUAUUUUCUUUCUGACUUGAUUCUUGUAACAGAAAGAGAUCAGACAAAAUAAGAACAUAACUUUAAAACUUACAUCAAACUUAAUUAUUAAAGCAAAUGUCAAUAAUUACCUGAAAUGUACAAGUAUAAGUAUUUAUUUCAAAUUAAUGGUGUUGACAACUCUGUUAUCUUUGUAGUUCUCAGUUAAAAUUCACAAUAGGACAUGUAAGAGUAUAUUAAUUUGGUCAAUCAAGAGAUCAAGGAACUUUAGGAUAAAAAAGCAGAAAGAGAAAAAGCACUUUAAGACAUGAUCCCUGAAAAAUAAAAAGUUAAUCAAAUUGAUAAUGUAAGUGUCUCCAUAUAAAUUAUUGGAACUGAAGAUGUCAUUGAUGCAACUAAUAAUAAAUUUACUUAAUAUAUAUUUGAGAUAGAUAUUAACAAUAAUAUUACUUAAAAGAUAUACUUAAGAUACAGUUUGUUUAAGAAAAUAUAGCAAGAAGUGAAAACUCUGUUUCCAAAAAUAAAAAUAUCAGAAAUUAAAGAGAAUUCGUAUUUUGAUAGAAAUGAGGCUGCAGUGAUAGAUAGAAGGAAAAUUUUAAUGAUAGAAUUUCUUUAGAUAUUAUUGAAUGCAUCUGAGUUUAAGGAGAAUAAAACAUAAAACUAAUUAAUUUUAGCAUUAUUGGGAUUGCCUGAAAACUUUUAUGAUUUGCCUGCGAUUCUAGUGAAAUAAUACAGAUAAUCUAUUAUGGGAGUUGGAAUUAAUUUUAGAGCAUCUAAAAAACCGGCGAGUGGAACUGUAGAUUUUUCAUAGAACUCAGUCAGUUUUAGUUCAAAUGAAAAUUCGAAUUUCACAACUAUGAUCACCUAAAUUAGUUCCCCCAGGGAGGCUCAUAAAUAAAUUGAAAUAUAAUCAUCUGCCUUAAAGUUUUCAGAUUAAAAGACUGAGUAGACUACAGGCUAGGUUGCAAAAGAUCCUUAAACUCCGGUUCGAGGAUUGAGAGCUGCAAGCAUGAAAAAUUUAAGAAAGAUUUCUGCUACUCAAUUAUUGGCUGUAGAAAGCAAAGGAAAUUCUAGACAAAAUUCAGUAGUAGACAAGGAGUUUUUGAAUUCUAUUUAGGUUAAAAUAAAAGUCAUGAUAUUUCUAAGUUUUAAAUAGGUUGAGAAAGAGUUUUUUAUAAACAAAGACACAUCAGCUUUUAACUUAAUGGAAGAGAUAGCAACUGAAAUAUAACUUUAAUCUGCUUACGAUUUUAGAUUAUAUUAUAUAGAUAACACCUACUUAAAACCUUUGGAUAAUGAUGAGAGGCUGUGGAAUUUUUUAGUCAGAUUUGAUGAACCUUUUGGUCUGUUUAAAAAGUCUUAGAAAGUACCUCUUUAUAAUGGAAAAUUGCUAUAGCUCAGGAAACACUUAUAUGUAUCGAAUAAGGAAGAGACAGAUUAUUACACUUAGGACUUGGUGAGAUUACAAUUAAUCAGUUAUCAGUUAUUUGACGAUAUUAGUAAUCUGAGAUUAACACUGGGUCCUAAAGAUCAUAUUCUCUACACAGCCUUUUACCUGUAUAUAAAUGGGCACAAAACAAUAGAUCCAAAAAAAAUUCCUUUGAAUGAAAUUAAAAAGUUUCUCCCUCCGAUAGCCAUAAAAAUCAUAACAUAAGACGAAUGGAGUAAUUUUCUGCCCACUUUAGUGCAAAAUUUUCAUAGCUAAAUUAUAAAUGAGAAGUAGAAUUAAAAGCAAUAGAUGAAAUCAGAAUACAAUUUAAGAAAUAAUUAAAAUGAGAUGACUGAAACACAUUUUGCAUUAUUGGUUUUUUUGAAUUUGUUAAAAUCUAAGAAGUUUUUUGGAGUUGCAAAAUUCUCUGUGAAACCUGAGAAGGAUAACAUAAAUAAAAUAAUGGAGUUAAGCACUAAUUAUUGGAAUAAAAAGAAGUUGCAAGAUAAAUCAUUAUAAAAUUAUAAUACAGAAAAUAUAAAGGGAGUGUCAUCUUUAUGUUUAGGAGUUGGUUAUAAUUCCUUAAUAGUACUUUCAUCUUUCAUUUCAUCAUUCGAAUUGAUAGAGAUAGGUUUCGAUGAAAUUGAGUCUAUCAGUUCUUUAUAAACUACAUUAAGUAUAUAUUUGGAGGAAGCAACUAAGCAGAGCAGCAAUUAAAAGAGUAAUUAAAAUAAUAAAGAGAAACUUUGCUUAAAAUUUGAAACAGAAAAAAGCUAUUAGAUAAAAUAGUUGGUUGAUGAAUAUUUCAAACUGCAAAUGGAAAAUCAAUAAUAAACAGAUGAAUAUAUUUGA